AUGAAAUCUUCAAGAAAUAAUCCCGUUUUACUUUAGCUAGACUCUCAGUUUCUUUAGUAGCAAAAUAGCUGCCAAUAAUGUCAAAUCUUGAUAUAAAACGAGGAAAGUUUAGUUUUAUCUCAUGUUGAUUUAUAUAGAUAAGAUAUUAGAUAUGAUGCUAAUUCAAAUUGUUUGAAUUUAAACGAAUUUAAGUUAGAAAAAGGGACAAAUAACAAAAGUUAGCACAAAAGAGCAACAUAGAAAAAAUAAUUAGAUGAUAAUAUUAAUAAAUCUUGUGCACUUUUUACAGAUAGUGAAUUUCCAGCUGGGAUAACAUAGUUAGUAGGAGAAAAUAUCUCUCAUUCAAAUACAAUUACAAUUUAAAAAGAUUAGAAUGAUAUAGUUUGGAAACGAUCAACAGAGUUUUUAAAAAUUCAAAAGAGUAUUUUUGGGAAAAACGGCAUUCAAAUACAUAAAAUAAAAUAAGGCACUUUAAAAAACUGUUAUUUAUUAAGCAGUCUUUCAUGCUUAGCAGAAAGACCAAAAAGGAUAGCUAAACUCUUCAAAAGUAGAUUAAUCAGUAGAUAUGGAUUAUAUUCUGUUUUUCUUUAUGUGAAUGGAGAAUAGAGAGAAGUAAUAAUUGAUGAUUUAUUUCCAGUUUAUCACCAAACUGGAUUAUUUUUAUUUGGAGGUUAAUUAAAAUAAGACCUUUGGAUUUUAUUGGUAGAAAAAGCUUGGGCAAAAAUUCAUGGAGGAUAUAUGUACCUUGAUAUGGGAACAAUGAGAGAAGCAUUACAUGAUCUAACUGGAGCACCAUGUGACAACUAUUUCUUAGAGAAUGAAAAAGAAGAUGAAAUUUGGAUUUUAAUAACUCAAGCAUUAUAAAAAGGAUAUUGCAUCACUUGUGGGACUAAGUCAAUAAAUAACAAACUACUUCCUAACAAUACAAGGAUGCAAGAUCAUAUCCUAAAUGAAAUGGGGCUUGUAUCCUCACAUGCUUAUAGUUUAUUAGGCGCCUAUAUUUUAGAAGAUGCAUCUAAAACAAAGAUCAUUAAAUUAAGAAAUCCUUGGGGAAAAGAUGAAUGGAAUGGAAAAUUUAGUAGAAAAGAUGAAAAAUUCUGGGAAAGCAUUAACAAAGAAUUGAAAAAAAAAUUAGGUUACUAAAAGUCAAAAGAUGAUGAGGGAAUUAUCUUUAUGUAGUUUGAAGAUUUUUUUAAAAAUUUUGCAGAUCUAUAAGUGUGCAUGGUGAAUGAUAGUUAUAAGUACACAGCUUUCAAAACAAAUUAAUAAACUGACAAGAAAUAUUUUUAUAAAAUAUCAAUUUCUUAAAGUGGGGAGUAUUUUAUUACAGUUAAUCAAAAAGUUAAAAAUAAAAAAGAACAAUAUUUGUUUGCUGGUGCUAAUUAAACAGAUUAUUCUUAAGUAAUGAUGACCUUAGCUUAAUGGGAUAGUAAAUACAAAAGAUAUAUUUACAUUGAUGGAAAUUUAGACUGUUAUCGUGAAGUAUAUACAAAAAAAUCUAAACAGUAGAUAUUUAAAGAAGGAGAUUAUAUUUUGUGUGUUAAAGUUAACUGGAUUAAUCAAAAGGAUAACGAUGAAAUAGUAAUUAGCUCCUAUGGAGUAGACUCAGUUAAUAUUUGUCCCAUCGAUCCAAUAGAAAAUUUUACUAGAUAUACUAUGUUAUAGCAUGCUAUGUUUUAAAGUGAAAACAAAAAAUGCUUAAAUAAAUACAUGAAGAAUGACUUCUGGAUAUGCAUGAGUUAAAUGCCAGAAGGUUAUAUUUAUAUAGCAGCUUGGAAUAAUGUAAAAGAAAAUAACUAAAAUAUUAAUUUUUAUAGAAAGAAUUAAAAAAUUUAUCAUAAAAAAAGUAGCAGUUUUGUUGAUGACCUUUGUAAUUAAUAAAAAUAUGAUCAUUAAUAACUGAAAAGCUUUGAUUUUAAUUGCAAAUUUAUUAUUAAAAAUAUGGAUGGAUUAAAGCUUAAAAAGCCAUUUAAAGAAAAUAUUAUUAAUUUUUAUCUUAAACCUGGAUAGGCUGAUAUUGCCUUAAUAAAAUGCAAAGACUUAGAGUAAUUACAAAGUUUUGAUGUGGAAUAAUAGUUUAUAUUUUGA